AUGGCUUCUACAGGGAGCCAGUCCUCUGAUACAGACAACAUUUUUGGAUUCCUCAGUGAUGGCACACCUCCAACCAAGAAACCCAGGAAACUGCUUCCAAGCUUAAAAUGUAAGAAGCCGCGGGAACUUGUGCUGGUGAUUGGAACGGGCAUUAGUGCUGCGGUCGCACCUCAGGUUCCAGCUCUGAAAUCUUGGAAGGGGUUAAUCCAGGCUCUACUGGAUGCUGCCAAUGACUUUGAUCUUCUAGAAGAUGAGGAGAGCAAAAAAUUUCAGAAAUGUCUCCAUGAAGACAAGAACCUUGUUCAUGUUGCCCAUGACCUUAUUCAGAAACUCUCCCCUCGUACUAGUAAUGUUCGAUCCACGUUUUUUAAGGACUGUUUAUAUGAAGUAUUCGAUGACUUGGAGCCAAAGAUUGAAGAUGCUGGAAAACAGCUACUUCAGUCAGUUCUCCACCUGAUGGAGAACGGGGCCCUGGUAUUGACUACAAAUUUCGACAACCUCCUGGAACUGUACGCAGCAGACCAGGGCAAGCAGCUUGAAUCCCUUGACCUCACUGAUGAAAAAAAGGUUCUAGAGUGGGCUCAGGAGAAGCGGAAGCUGAGCGUGCUGCACAUCCAUGGGGUCUACACCAACCCUAGUGGCAUUGUCCUUCAUCCUGCUGGGUACCAGAACGUGCUCAGGAACACCGAAGUUAUGAGAGAGAUUCAGAAACUCUAUGAAAACAAGUCAUUUCUUUUCCUGGGUUGCGGCCAGACGGUGGAUGACACCACUUUCCAAGCCCUUUUUCUGGAGGCCGUCAAGCAUAAAUCUGACUUAGAACAUUUCAUGCUGGUUCGGAAAGGAGAUAUAGACGAAUUCAUGAAGCUUCGAGAAAAUAUGCUGGACAAAGGGAUCAAGGUCAUCUCCUAUGGAAAUGAAUAUGCUGAUCUCCCAGAGUAUUUCAAGCGGUUGACCUGUGAGAUCUCCACGCGGGGAAGGUCAGCAGGUGUGAUGAGAGAAGGUCACCUAAAUGGCUCAUCGGCAGAGCACAGUGAAAUAAGAGACCUCAGUACAUGA